UCUGAAACCGAAGCCUAGCUCUACUCAGUUAUGGAUGAAGCGCCGGUGAGAAGGCAGCGCCUGCUCUACGCGCUUAAUGGUGCAAGGGAGACACGUACUGUGCAUGUAGUCUGUCUACUGGGUCCGAUGGAGUAACAUACAGCUUUUUCAAGGCAAACAGCCUGAUACUUGUAUUGUUGUUUUAGUGUGCGAGGAAACUUUUGGAGCUGAAAGUACCUGUUGCUCGUCCGAGCAGAUUUCAGGACUCGGAUUACAAACAAGACUAUCAAUUUUUGGAAAUGAAAAUGCAUCUGUGCCGACUGCCGUGUUUUCGCGCAUUUCACAUUUAAACUGGAAAACUCAAGUUUAAACACUAUAUUCGAUAUUUAGUUUUGGAAAAGAAAAUGAGAAUAUAUAGUAUGUCUGGCGCAGUGAAGGAUGUUGAAGUGUAUGGCCGGUGUCGCUGAAUAAACGCAUUGCUCCAUUAGUAUAACAACCGAACCGAGAGUUCAGAGGGAAAUGGCAAACGAGUUGAAACCGCGACUCUGUGUGAUGAACAAGGGGGAGAAUGGAUAUGGCUUUCACCUGCAUGGAGAGAAGGGGAAGAGUGGACAGUACAUACGCAGAGUGGAGCCCGGCUCGCCGGCCGAGGCUUCGGGGCUGCGUGCAGGGGACCGGGUGGUGGAGGUGAACGGCAAAAAUGUGGAAAAAGAGACGCACCACCAGGUGGUUCAGCGGAUCAAGGCCGUGGAGCAUGAGACACAGCUGCUGGUGGUGGACAGGGAGACGGACGAGUACCUGAGGAGCACGCGCCUCUCUUGCACAGAUGACUCCACAGCUACGGGAGGAAGCGAGGUGCAGUCGUCACCAGGCCGCGCCCCCAGCCGAAAGGAGAAUGGCUCGGUGUCCAGGCAGGUCGUCAGGCUGGCCAACGAGAAGCCCCGGCUGACCAAGAGCUCGCCAUCUCGCAGUACCAAGAAGGAGUCAAAGUCCAAAGCCCAGGUCCAGGCCCAAAACGAGGAGCAGAACCAGACUGAGACCACGGAGCUUUUUCCGCGUCUGUGCCACCUGCUGCGCGGUGAAACAGGCUACGGCUUUAACCUGCACAGUGAGAAAUCCCGACCAGGCCAGUACAUCCGUUCACUGGACCCAGGUUCAGCAGCAGAUCAGGCCGGGCUGAGACCUCAGGACAGGCUCAUUGAGGUAAAUGGUGUGAACAUUGAAGCUCUGAGGCAUUCAGAAGUGGUGGCUUUCAUCAAGAGCGGCGGGAACGAGACCCACCUGCUAGUGGUGGACCCGGCUACAGACGAGCAUUUCAAAAAACUGGGCAUAACCCCAACAGGGAGCCACAUUAAAGAUUAUAGUGCCCUGGCCAUUACAAACGGCUCCGAGAGCCUCCAGGUGAAUGGCAGCUCCGCCUCACAGUCCAGUCGCUCUGACACCAGCGGUUCUGACAGACAGGUGUUGGACGAGGAUGAGAGCCCUCUGCUGGACCCGUUCGAAGAGAGUGGCCUGUACCUAAGCCCCACAGCCGCAGAGGCCAAGGAGAAACUCCAUGCCAAGCGCGCCAAGAAGAGAGCCCCUCAGAUGGACUGGAACAAGAAGCACGAGAUCUUCAGCAACUUCUGAUCCACCUGCACCUCCACUUCCCAUCUGGCCGGCAAAUUUUCCCCCAAAAUCCACAACUCCUGCCUCAGGACAGGACCACUUCAAGAAGAGGGGUCAAUCAUUUACACAGAGCAGGAGGUGGGACUUUAAACCACCUUCCGACAGACAAAAGCACGCUGGCGAGGAAAGAGCUGCAGGCGAGGAGACAUUCAGCUUCCCGAGGCAGCAAAGAGCAGUGCCUGACAGAGUUAUAUCUAACGUCUUACCAAGUAAUUUUCAAUGGUCUUACCCUGAAGUCAACCACAGGCCAUGGAUUUCCAAAUCAGAAAGAUGUCCUGGCCUGGAUUUCAAAAAUUACUGAUUGAAUAAUUUUCUGCAUUUAUUUCUCCUUCUACUGACAAACACAAAAAUUAAAUGAUCUGACUAGAAAACAAAUGAAACGAUUCAGUAAGUAGUUAAAUUCAGUUCGCUUAUGAGAUCUAUAAUGUCUAAAGAUGGAUGUAAACAAUGCACCCUAGACAGCUAGAGGGCGACAGUGAGAUGGUUCAACUUGAGCCUAGUGUGUCAUACCGAAAAUGGAGAGGACUAGGUCAGAACUGUAAAGGAGAACCACACCCUGCCUUAUACAACAGACCAGUAAUACAGGAAUGGCGCUUGACUGGUGAAGGCUGUGUAUCUUUAAUGGGGCCCACAGGCUCUUUGUAGUUACAUUUACAUCUUUAGUUGUCGCUGGCAUGUUGCCACAGUACACAAGCUGUGACGAUGUUAAGGUGACAUGGGUUAUGUCAUGUAUUAGCUGCUUGAAAGCAGAGUUUACGCAGCACUGUGACAUGUGAAGGUCCCUGUAAAUAUGUGACACCAUGCUGUUAAAGCAUGUGAAUGAGGUACGAUCCAGACUCUGCGUUUACACCCAUAACUACCCAGAGGAGGCUGAGACGGCCGAUCCUUUUACAGAAAGACUAAAGCUGUUGAAUAUGUAUUGCCUUUUUUAUUAUGGACUGCUCAUGUUUUAUAUGGACCGAGCAUGUGUUUAAAAUGGCUAAUAGACUGAUUUUGCAUGGAAUGAGGAAAGGCCACGCAGCAGAGGACCUUGUGGGUAUCUGUGAAACGCACACAGAAAUGCAGAACCCGCCUUCUAGUCGCUUACUUUAAUUCAUGUGCUCGUCCCAGCAUGUGUUGCUCAUUAAUGCCUUACAUAUAGCAGAACUGUGUCUCUCCCGCGUGUUCAUGUUGUGGCUUUUGCAGGAACUGCAAAAAAAGAGGCGAGCACCACCAGCAUCUGCAUUUCUGCCCCAAAUGACCAAGUCGGUCUGGCUGUGUCACGUUGCAUUUCCGCGCUGUAGUUCGUGUCUUGUUGCAUUAAUUAAAUGUGCAGCUUGUUUCCCUCUCAA